CUCCUCCUUACCCAGAUUCGGCGCUACGAAAGCUAUACCCAAGAUAUGUCGAUUGAUCCGUCAAAGCUACCACCAGCACAAUAUGUGCCCGGUAGACAGUCCAUCAUUGACCAUGCUGGUAGGAUUGAUAAGGUACCAUUUGUGAUCACGACGGGCAUUCUUUUCGGGCUUGCUAUUCUUUCCGUAUUAGCACGCUUCGCGAUUCGCAUCUUUGGCGGUCGGAAAAUACGAUGGGACGAUGGCUUUGUCUUGGUGUCAUGUUUGUGUCUGAUAGUCGCGUUCGUCUGCGUCCACAAGCUUCUGAACACUUUCUAUCUUAUCGAAGCCAUGAACCAAAGGAAAACGAUCCCGUUUAGAGAGGAUAUUCCUGCAAUAUUGGACACGCCUAAGUGGGCCUUCAUCUUCUCCACGUUCAAUUGGACUUCCCUUUACCUAGUCAAGUUUGCUUUUAUGAAUUUCUUUCGCACCUUGACCCGAGGGCUAUCAGUCAAGAUCAUGCGGUUCUACUGGAUAACCGUAGGCUUUCUUGUCGUCUGUUGGAUCUAUGCAGUCAUCAACUUUGUAGUUAUCUGUCCACACUUUGGUACAGACGCAGCUACAUGUGGCUUCAAUCCCCGGCAGCAUGAAAGAAGUGUCGCGGGUAACGUUCUCGUCGGCGUCCUCGAUAUCAUAGGCGAUGUUCUCAUCGUGAGCUUUCCCAUCGUCGUUGUAAACGAAUCGAUGAUGUCGUUCUCCCGCAAACUAUCGAUUGUGGCAUUGCUAGGCCUCUCGACAGUAAUGAUCAUUUGCGCGCUGAUCCGAGUCGUCGGCUCAUUGACCGAGACAACCGAGGCAGGGAACGGAACGGCGCCGGUGUGGGCUGCGUACUGGUUCAUCGUUGAAUCCUGUGUUGGACUCAUCAUGGCGUCUGUCAUUGUUAUCCGCGGAGUUUUCAUCACGAACCUUGUUGACGACGACCGACGGAAGAAGGAUAGCGUACUUCAGCAGUUCGGACGUCGUUUCCUGGCUAUCAUGAGGCUGUCCAAAUCCUCACGAAGUAGCAAGUCGAGUACCCAGCGAGGCGACGCGCUCCAUGACCAGCACAAGGAUCCAAGCGCCCCAAGGAUUGCUACUCAGAAACUUCACGGAGGAACAUUGAAGACCAUCAGAUCGUUUAUAUCAGGUGUCUCGAAACCUAGUUCCCCCAUACAACUGGCGGACGAGAUAUUCGCCCUCUCUAAGCUACAGGAGCGACUCUUGCAUUCAAAAGCAGUGCGACCGCAUAUUCGUAACCCUCCAAAGAAACGCGACAACUCUUUAUUACCUUCCAUUCGACUGUCUCACUCACCCUCCCAACUAACCUUAGCUAGCCCACAUCUCUUCAUCAUGGGCCGCUGGACAGAUAUGGACAGUGACGCUGAGCGACUGCCAGACGGUUUCGAGCGCAUAGGCUAUGACGCUGAUACCCAGACCUACACCUUCCGCGAUGCAUCCGGUCGUAUCUACGAAUCUGAGCCUGGCAACCGCUACGGGGAGCUGCGAGCCACCGGCGAGCGCUCACAGCCCAUAUCUGACGAAGAACGACUCGAGCAACACGAGGCAAUAGAAAAGGACAACAGGAGCGCUGUCCGUAUGAUGUUGCCAUUUGCACUGCUGGUUCUUGUUUUCUUGUUCCUUGUAUUCAAGCUCGUGGACAAGAGUGAGGAUACAUACGUCUCUGCUUGUGGAAAGGGAAAUCCGAUGGCAGGUGCAAACCCUGAAGUACACAAAGCCCAAUAUCAGCACUACAUCCCUCGCUUCUUGCUCCGUCGCUUCUCUUACCCAUCUUCGACCGUGCUCAAACAUGGCAAGAAGCAGAACAGAAAACAACGAAUCGAAGACGUAGUCACCGCGGUUGACCUGGAUCACGACAUUCCCAAAUUUGUCGAAUCACCGGUGGGACGAAUCUUUGGACGAUAUGACAUGUACAAGGACGACUCGAAAUUCAGCAAGAAAGAUCAAGAUCGAAUUGAGACAAAAUUAAGUCGUAUUGAGGGCCAAGCAAGUCGCAUUAUUGCCAAAGUUGCAGAUGCCCAUAAAGCGGGCAAGGACAAAGUCGAACUCUCACGCCAUGACAAAGAUCUUCUACGAAAAUACAUCUUCGUCAUGAAGUACCGCAGUCCUAUCUUUUUCAAACGCUUCAAUCAUCAGAGAGCAGAGGAUUAUGCUUCGAGCGAUCGGGCAUUAUUUCUGGAAUACAUGCAAGAACGCAACUUCUUGCGCCCGCUCGAUGUCUGGCUCGACAACCUUGAAAGGAUUAUGGAAAAGCAUAUGGAUCCUGCCGGUAAAUGGACAGAAGAUCUCUACAAGGAAAUCUACCCAGAAGACGCUGAGUGGCUCAAGAUCAAUAUUAGGUCAAUGUACCUGUCUUUCGCUACUCCCUCAGAUGCCGUUGAAGAGUUUCUCCUCACUGAAAACGCGUUUGGAGUUUAUGAAGGGCCGAACGACUACUUCACCAACCCUUUCACAGGUGAACAGACGACGACUGCAUAUACCGAGUUUCAUGUAAUCAGCGUCGUUUCUCCACGUUUGGUCAUGAUAUUGCGCGAUAAUUGUCUCCCGGAACCUUUGGAGGACCAGCACAAAGACAUUCGCAAUAACAAGAGAUGGAUGUUGGCAGCUCGUAUGCAGGCGCACAGUCAACCAGACAACGCUAAAUCCUUGCUCGAAGACUUGCCAAUAGCGAAAGCUCGAAACUCCUACACUGUGAUUCAAGACGGUCGGCUUGAGCUGACUGAACGUGCAGACGGAGUGCCUAGAGCGACAGACAAGUUCUACUUCACUUUCUUCCGCCUGGAGAGCAGACAUGUGCAAACCAUCAACCUUGUCAUGCUGGACCAAGCACAUCACAGCUCGCACAUUGUGUACAAGUCGAGAGUCGCAUUUCAAGCAGCUCUGGACUUCUAUCUGGAUUAUCCAACCCAGACUAGAGGAGUCUACAGUCUAAAGACGAUAAGUGAGCGACCGAACGACCCGAUGCUGGCUUUGUUACGAAAGCUGGAGACGAUUGCCCAUUCAUUGGGCUCGUCUGUCAGAGCGAAGUACUACAUCGAGCCGCUUGAUGAAACUAAGGAUACGCCGCCUCCUGACGGAGCGCCGACUCUCCAUGACGUGGUUGCCCAAGUUUUAGAAAUGAUAGAAAACGAUUGCCGGACAGCAAGUCUCGUGGCGCUGCCCGCAACUGUCAUGAGCGAGGUGUUAAGCAAGCUGAAGAUGUCUGCUUCAACGAUCAAGAAGCUUGACUUGAUGGCGAUGGCGGAUAGCCGACGCUGCUUCCCAGACCAAAUUUUUCUAGCAGUGCAUAAGGCAGACACCAGAGGUCUCAGUGCGCGAUACAAAAGAAUUCUUCAUGUCGAUUUGCCGACCUGGAGAAGCGCAUUAGAUGAGCUUGUUAAGCAAGAGCGGGAAGCUGAGCGUGCAAAGGUCAAUCGCAAUACUGAGUUCUUUGAAAAUAUACGGCGCAAUUUUGAUCGGAUUUCUGACACGGACUCUCCUGACCUUUCUGAUGCUCUAGAUAAGGCACCGUCUUUUGAUGAGAUUGUCUCUCAAGUGUUGGCGACGGCAGAAACCGAUUUUCUAGACCAAAGUCUGGCUAGCCAUGACUUUGCUUUGGCAAUGGUCGUUAUGAUUCAGGUCGUGAAGGAGCAAGAGAUGACUGUCAUAUCGACCCACGCGCUUGAUCUGAUUCUCAUGGCUGAUGGCAGGCCCUGCUUUCCAGACAUGGUGUACUCAGCGGUCCAAGAGGCGCACGUCAGAGAUUGUAGUGAACGCACCAGGAGACUUGUCAGUGUCGAUCUGAUGAUGUGGAGAAGGGGAUGGGAUGCGCUUGUUGAGAAAGCUUUGCAGGUUCCGGGCGUGAAAUUGGAUCACAGUAUUGAUGCCAUGCGGAAAGUCUUACGUCAACUUCCUAGCAUGUCUUCAUCAGAUUGUUCCCCAAUUUUAGCGUCAGCUGCAUCUCAAAAUACGAACCAACAUCUAAGGGAGGCUCCUGUACAACGAUCGAGUUUAUACAGCGACACUGAAGGCGCUCCUGGACAUUCUGAGUCUGGACAGCUAAAGCGUUCCUCGAACUCUUCCGUAUCAUCCAAGAAGAGAGACAUCUUCAAGGCCGCUUUACUCGCCCUCUCCGGUGUAGUCUUCAUAUGUGUCUGUCUCGCUGUUAUUGUAUGGACGCUCAUUAGCAUUGCAUGGUUUCUCGUUGCUCAGACAUGGAACUUCGUUGUUCUUGUAUGGCGCCUCGCACUUUAA